AUCAGUUUCAAUCAAGCAUUAAACAGCUCUAAAGCACUUGGACUUUCUCUGGCACAAAAUGCACGCUAUUUCAGUAUUCGCCUUGAUCAUCCUGGUCGCUUAUACAAACGCCACUCCAGCGGAUCAUGCUCAUCACGCUGGUCCAGGUAAGGAUGUAGGCAUCUCCAGCGAAGUCAUACAUUGGACCACCGGAACUCAAACCAAAGGAGCAGCGACACUUAACGAUACUAGGGCGGUAAACACCACAGAUCUUCCUGAAACCCUGGCAGCUGCAUAUACAAAGGAAACGCAAGGUUCUGCAGAUGCACCUGUUUCAACCGUUGAGCUUGAAUCCACCAGAGCUCCAGCCCCGUCUUCAACUGUUGAAUCCAAAAGCGACAGAAAAUAAGGACAAGCCCAUAGCUAAGAUAUACAUGUACAUUGUACAUAUACAAACAUAACAACAAUAAAUAAAUGAAAGGCAUAAAAAUGAAAA